UUAAGGAAGUGACUUGUAGAAUGCUGCUGAAGCAAAGGUUAUAUGGCAUAAAAAAGAUUUCCACUGACCUUCUUCUGGCUUGGAAUCCUAUUUGUCUUGGUCUGGUAGAAGGAGUCCUAGGGAGGGUUCAGCUUCAUACAGAUCUACCAUGGUGGUUGCUUUUAAUUCGGCAGAAAGCAUUGAUUGGCAAACUCCCAGGAGGCCAUGAAGUGUGCAAAAUAACCAAGAUUGCAGUGAUUCCACUCUCUGAAACAGAGCCUCAGGAUCUGGAGCUGGAGCUCUGUAAAAAGCAUCAUUUUGGAAUAAACAAGCCAGAGAAGAUUACGCAGUCUCCAGAUGACACCAAAUUUCUACUUAAGACCCUCACUCAAAUUAAAUCAAAUGUGUCUGCUCCAAAUAAAAAGAAGAUUAAAGAAAGUAAAGAGAAAGAGAAGCUGGAAAAGAGAUUAUUGGAGGAACUAUUUAAAAUGUUCAUGGAUUCGGACUCCUUCUACUACAGUCUGACUUAUGACCUAACAAACUCUGUACAGAGGCAAAGUGCAUGUGAGAAAACUGAUUUGCCACUCUGGAGGAAAGUUGAUGACAGAUUCUUUUGGAACAAACACAUGAUUCAGGAUCUCAUAAACAUUGGUAAUGAUGAAGUAGACUUCUGGAUUAUACCCAUCAUUCAGGGGUUUGUACAGAUUGAAGAGCUUGUAGUUAAUUACAAUGAGUCAUCCGAUGAUGAGAAAAGCAGUCCAGAGACGCCUCCUCAGGAGUCUACUUGUGUUGAUGACAUUCACCCACGAUUUCUGGUUGCGCUCAUCUCACGCCGAAGUCGGCAUAGAGCUGGCAUGCGGUAUAAGCGAAGAGGUGUUGAUAAAAAUGGGAAUGUGGCAAAUUAUGUGGAAACAGAGCAGUUGAUUCAUGUUCAUAAUCAUACACUUUCAUUUAUUCAAACGCGAGGCUCUGUGCCAGUGUUCUGGAGUCAAGUGGGAUACAGAUACAACCCACGGCCACGACUAGACAAGAGUGAAAAGGAAACUGUAUCCUAUUUCCGUGCACAUUUUGAAGAACAACUGAAAAUUUACAAGAAACAGGUCAUUAUUAAUUUGGUGGAUCAGACUGGACGAGAGAAAAUUAUUGGUGAUGCUUUUCUAAAACAAGUGCUUCUGUACAACAAUCCACGCCUCACUUAUGUUUCCUUUGACUUCCAUGAGCACUGCCGAGGGAUGAAGUUUGAAAAUGUUCAAACGUUAACUGAUGCCAUUCAUGAUAUCAUCCUUGACAUGAAGUGGUGUUGGGUUGAUCAAGCCGGUGUGAUUUGUAAACAGGAAGGAAUUUUUCGGGUUAACUGUAUGGACUGUCUGGAUCGUACCAAUGUUGUACAGGCUGCAAUUGCACGAGUGGUCAUGGAGCAGCAGCUGAAAAAGUUGGGCGUGAUGCCGCCGGAACAACUUUUGCCGAUGAAAUGCAAUCGAAUCUACCAGAUAAUAUGGGCAAACAACGGAGAUGCCAUAAGCAGGCAGUAUGCUGGAACAGCAGCUUUAAAGGGUGACUUCACUAGGACAGGUGAAAGGAAGUUGGCAGGAGUAAUGAAAGAUGGAGUCAAUUCUGCAAACAGAUACUACUUGAAUCGCUUCAGGGAUGCUUACAGGCAAGCAGUUAUAGAUCUGAUGCAAGGUAACCCCGUCACUGAAGACCUUUAUUCCAUAUUUACAAAAGAGAAAGAACAUGAAGCACUUCACAAGGAGAACCUGAGAAGUCAUCAGGAAUUGAUCAGCCAGCUAUUGCAAAGUUACAUGAAACUACUCCUUCCAGAUGAUGAAAAAUUCCAUGGUGGAUGGGCACUUAUUGAUUGUGACCCAAGUCUCAUUGAUGCUACCCACAAGGAUGUGGAUGUUCUGUUGCUGCUUUCAAAUUCUGCCUACUAUGUGGCCUAUUAUGACGAUGAAGUUGACAAAGUAAAUCAGUAUCAAAGAUUAAGCCUUGAGGCAUUGGAGAAAAUUGAAAUAGGUCCUGAACCUACUCUUUUUGGAAAACCCAAGUUUUCUUGCAUGAGGUUGCACUACAGAUACAAAGAAACAAGUGGCUAUUUUCAUACCCUCCGAGCUGUCAUGCGCAACCCUGAAGAAGAUGGAAAAGACACCCUUCAGUGCAUUGCAGAGAUGCUGCGAAUCACGAAGCAAGCCAUGGGAUUAGAUGUGCCCAUUAUUGAGAAGAAGCUAGAGAGGGACUAUUACGCUGGAAGAAAGCAUGAGGUUUCAUAUCAGCUGCUCACAGAUGGUACUUCAUUAAGAAUUUCUUCAGAAAGGAAGAGCAGUAAACCUCAUGAAGACAUCAUUGGUAUUAGAUCCCAAAACAGAGGAUCUCUGGCCCAAGGCAAGAAUUACUUAAUGAGCAAGUUUUCAUCUCUUAAUCAGAAAGUGAAACAAACCAAGUCCAAUGUAAAUAUUGGAAAUCUUCGGAAGUUAGGAAACUUUACCAAGCCUGAAAUGAAAGUCAACUUCCUAAAACCAAACUUGAAAGUUAGUCUUUGGAAAUCAGACAGUAGCCUUGAAACUUUGGAAAAUCCAGUGACAGAUCCUAAACUCCGCGUUGAAUCAGAUAUCGAGAUAUCAUCAGAUAACGACUCGUUCCACUCCGAUGACUUCCUUACAAAUUCCAAGUCUGAUGACGACCAGCAGUUCUCUGACUCUUUAGAGAAUGUAGGGCAGACAGACUAUGUUCUGCCCAGCUGUGGUAUUAUUGCUUCAGCACCUCGGUUAGGCAGUCGGUCUCAGUCUAUAGGUAGCACUGAUGUGAGCAUUAGCAUUCACAUUCCUUCUGAAAUCCACGUCACCCGAGAGAGCAGGCCUGGAUGUGAAGACAGACCUACGCCUUCUGACAGUAUGGAGAUGGAGUUCUCUAAACCCAUCGACGUGUAUUGCCACAGAUUUGUACAAGAUGCUCAAAACCAGAUGACAGAAGCUUCAGAGGUAGAGAGCGGCUCUCGACAACCCCGCCAAGAAGCAGAUCAAAGCAGCAAUAAUGCUUCCAAGGAAGCAGAAACACAGUCGGAAACGAACAGACACACCCCUUCCAGGCCAUCUCAACUGGAUGGGCUGUUUUCCGAGUCAGGCUCUCAGCUCUUGGCUGUUGAGGAGACUUACUCCAAUAAAUCUCAUAAGAGCCCAGGAUCUGCAUCCAGCAUUCUUGAAACGGGACUUAACACAACUCCUUCUCCAGCAGACAGUAGCAGCAGCAGAGCCGUGUCUCCCUUUGCUAAAAUCCGCAGCUCUAUGGUCCAAGUCGCUAGUAUUACACAGGCUGGAUUGACCCAAGGGAUAAAUUUUGCAGUGGCAAAGGUGCAGAAAAGCCCUGCAGAACCAGUGGGUGGAAAUGAAGUACAACCAAAUGAACUGAAAGAAAUGUUUACACAAUGCCAGACACGAAUAAUUCAGAUUUAGUUUUGAACUUGGGAAGUACACUUGUGGCUUGUAUAUGAUAAACAGGAAUUCACAUCAGAAUCCCCCUUUUUAACUGCCACUGAAUAUUGGGAUCAAAAAUACCAAUUAUGUUUACAGGAGGUAGGGGGUGUGUGUGUGUAUGAUGCCAGUUGAAUUGGUUCUGAGCAGGUUUCAGAAUUUCCUUGGGCUGCUGAGCUGAUAGAAAGGCAAACGAUACUUAACAGGUAGCCUCGACACUGGGAUUCGACAAGCACGCUGUUCAUUUAAAUAUAUUGCACAGUUACCUUCUUGGGACAGUUUUGUAGGUGUUCUGAUGUAUGUGGAAUAUUUGUAUCAAAGGGGCUGGUACUGCACGUGUUACCUUACCUACCCUGCACUGCACCAGCAAAAUAAUUUACUGACAUGACUUUUAGUCUAUUUAUUUUUAGAUUAGGUUUUUUUGUUACCAUUUGAUGUUCUAGACACAGUCACCAAGAAAGGGUGUCUCUACAGUGGGAAUCAAUUCAUUUCAUACAUUUAGGGGAAUUGUUAGGAAUUUAGACUCUCCUCUCACCCCCUUUCCUUUUCCAUCCCAGUUAAAGGAUAAAACAUCUUAGAGACAUUUAUAAUAUCAAAGAUCCUGCAAGGCAACUUCUUAGGGUUUGUAGAUUUUUAUUGUUAAAAGCCAGUGGGAGCUAAUGUCCUUUUAAUUAUCUUGCUGGUGUUAAAAGUAUGUUGUUUCUCCUUUUGAACUAGUUCCUUACUCUGUAACCUUAGUUCCUGACCUAUGUAACAGGAUAAAACAAACCAAGUCCUAAUAUAUCCAGAAAUUACUGCCCAUUGGUUCAGUCACGUCACGGUGACAUUCGAUUAGAUAUUCUAACUGCAGCCUGGACACAAGCGCCAAGCGAUUAAGCCAGCAGAACAGAACAUGUAUUCAUUCACGAAACCGUACUGCUGAUUUUAAGAUCAGCGUAUACAGUGUGUGUGUCAAAAAUGGUUCCUUUUCAAUUCAAACCAAUUCAGCCGUUGUGAUAUUUGCAG